UUGUUAUUACUAGACUAUUACUAGACAAGUUUACUAGAAAUAUUUUAUUUGUUUAAUACUUACUAAUUAAUACAAUUAUUACUAUUAAUACUUACAUUAGUAAGUAUUAAUUAUAUUACAAUUAAUAUUUAUUUUCAAAUAGAAUAUUAACCCUGCAAUCGUACAUACAGGUCGUUUGCGUCCUCGGCAUUUUGACUGUGGUAUUUUCCAUAGAUUCAACGAUUAAAUUAACAAUGGCAAAAUUGCUUUUUAUAAUAUUAUUAUUGUUUAAACUUAUAGUUAAGAUCUCAAGGAAUUUUUUCAGAAUUUUUGGUAAAGUUUUAGGUUGUUUAAUAUGCCGCGAACGCAAACGUCCUCAUAUACCGUUAAUAGAUGCCGAAAAAGGGUAUACAAUUGGAAGGUUAAAGAAUUUAAGUUAUUUGUAUUUCUUAAAAUUCCGAAUUGUCACGUGCAUGUAACAAUACUAUUGGUUACUGUAUUUUUAAAACAUUUAUAGAUUUACAAUUUGCACUAAAAUGUGAGCUAAAACUAGUACAUAAUUAUUCAUAGAAACAGUUUUUUUUUUAUUUCGGUUUUCAUACAUUCGAUAAGCUCGAAAAGCGAUUGAAUAAUGAAACUCGCGCGAGUGUGUAUAAAUGAUGAAAUUCUUUGAUGAGUUAUCGAAUUAUAAACAUCUCUUAAGAUUCGAUCACGUAAAUUGUAAAUUAUGCGUUACGUAAUUUUUAAAAAUAUUCGCUGCUAUCUUUGAGCGUUACUCUAUAAUGGCAUUCCAGAAAGACUUGGAGAUAGGCGAAAAAGUAAUUGGGUGCAUUUAGUGGAAAAACGUUGUGAGAUAUAUAAGUGUACUGGAGUGUGCACUGGCUCGACUGGUGUAAGUCGAGAGAGAGAGAGAGGGGGGAGGGGGGUCAUAUUAGUGCAGGGAGUGUCUUUGUCGUACUACUUGUAUUGCGGGUGAUUUGCUAAUAAUACGCGUAUGCGUCUUAUACGUCAGAGAAAGACAGAGAUCCCUAAAUAUCUAUCUAUCUCCGGAUCAUUUUCCGUUCGCGGGCGUGGCAUAUGGAAGCAUGCCCAUUCCAGUAUACUCGUAUCUCAUUGUCGGUGAAAUGCACCCUAUAUGGAACAGGGUGGGAAUCUUUCGAACUUGCUUCACUAUAGUUAAUAUGGGACGAAUCGUUGUCCAUGGGUAUGUAUGUAUGUACAUACAUACAUACAUACAUACAUACGUGCGCGCGUAUACAUACACUUUUCUAGGAUUGGGAUGAAAGUUUCGGUUAUCGGUUUCGGCCGAAAUUGAAAAAAGAUUGUUUCGAUCAAGACUCUCUCUCUCUAAUAGAGACUAUUUCGGUCUCUGUUUAGUUCUAUUUUGAUUGGUCAAUGGUAUUCUAUUCUCGAAAAGGACAGCAAUAGAAAAAGACGAGCUGGUUACGGUUCUCUAUCUCAUCCGUCCCGUUCUUUUCUAGAGUAGAGUUUAUCCAGUUACAUUCCGGUUCACUAAACCCCUGUUAUUGUUAGCGAAUAGUUUUAGGGGAUCUGGGCGCUGUGUAACCCAAGGGCAGAGUUGGGCCUGUUUUCGUAGAGGUGGGGGGAGCAUCUCCCUAAAAGAUUUUCUACGGGGGCGUUUUCUACGGGGAAAACUAGCAACACUGAGAUGCACGCUGAGUGCAGUUUUAUUACUCCGCUGUGGAAAAUCAGAUCGCUUAUUUUCAAUGUUUAACGUUCUACUGACAAAAAAUUGUUAAAAUUCGACAAAUUUUCAUCGGUAGUGCGUUAAACAUUUAAAAUACGCGAACUGAUUUUCCACAGUGGAGCAAUGAAAUUGCACUCAGUGUGCAUCAGUGUUGCCUAGUUUUCCCAAUAGGAAACGCUAUUAAUUUCUUUCAGGUUCUCGGAAAAUCUGCCUGCCUGUGCUCGUAGCAGAGAAGGUCCCUCUCUGCUGGUAGCCAUUAAAACGUAGUGCUUCGUAGUAGCCAUUACAAGUCAUUAUCAAUUGAGGGGAAGAAGACCUUAGACAAGUCAAAGUUCUCGGGAAGUCCUGCAUCUUUUCUGAAGAUGUCGAUGUCGUCCGAGAGCGGCGAGAGCACAGAUGACGCCGUCGCCAGUUCACCAUUGGAUUUCGAUCUCGUUGCGAUCGACAUGUAUCUGAUGCAUAUCCUGUCGAGACAUUCGAGUUCCUCUACGCCCACACCGUGUAGCUCGACGCCCGAAAGCGCGGAGCCGACGUACGAGUGCACCGAUUGCGGCAAGACUCUGUCUUCGACGUCCUUGCGCGAAUGCACCCAGGAUCCCCAUCGCAGACUCGUCCAUAACGAGGUACAAUUUUCUAAUUGCGGCGUCACCGACGACAAGUGGAAAUGUAAUUUUUGCCCCAAAACAUUCGAUUCCCCGAAGAAUUUGUCGUAUCACAACAAAUUCGAAUGCCGCAUGAGGCUCCGCGUGAAUAAGUUUCGCUGCACCUUCUGCCACCGCGAGUUCAAUCAAAAAUGCAAGCUGACCCAGCAUCUGGACAAUAAGCAUCGUCGACCCAUGGAUUAUUGGAACAAGCUGUUAGCCGAGGAAAAUUGAGUGCAAUUCGCCUCUUCGAAAUGAACGGCGAAGCGCGAUCGUGCGAAAAGAUGGCGCCGCUACAUUAAUUUUUGUCGAGAAACCCUUCAGGUAGAUCGGAAGAAUACAAGACAACGGAGCGUAAUCAUAAACACAAUGAGCAUCAGCGAUUAUACUGUCUCUUGGAAGUUUUUUUUUUUUGUAAGUACUAAUUCUCGAGCGCGGUAAGAACUGAAUCAUUGUUUAAAAUAUUAGAUGAAGGAGAUAUCAGAUGAAAAAUGUGCUAUUUUAGAAUGAGUAAAUAGCUCCGUAAGAAAAAAGCAAGAUAAGCCUUAAAAUCGAUUAGUAGUUGAAUUUUUUUGCUCGCAUGAGCGAUAUCUCUGGACAGUUUCAGAAUACAAAGAGGUUUCUCAUAAAGUUUUUGUCAUAAUAAGCGCGGCAUAUCAUUGAUAAGAGGGUUUUCUCAAAUUGUUGCGUUUGGAUGAUUUCGAGCGGAGAGAACCCCGAGAGCGACCAUCCCCCAUAUUCCCCAUCCCUUUGUUCUUUAUAUGACGACGCAUUUUUCGACCCGCCACCUGCAACUCAACUGCGUCGUUUCGGUCGGUAAUGCUGGGCCUACAAUGCGAGUCGCAAGAAUUGACCAAUCACAGUCGAAUUUGAGGAGAA